AUGGCCUCCUCCUUCGCCCAAAUGUCUUCCGAAAAACUCGCCCAACUCCAGACCCAGCUCCCCGACAUCCUCACAGACGCAGAGAAGCUCUUGCCGGAAGAGAAGAGGAAUGAAGUGAUUCGGGACAAGAUGCUGGCGCGGAUUAUGGCGCAGGGGCAGCAUAAGAUGCAGCAGCAAGGGGCCGGGAUGGGGAUGCAGAGCCCGAUGAUGGGGAUGCAGCAGGGGAUGCAGAAUGGAAAGAUCCCAGUCAACCAAAGCCAGCUCCAGCAGCAGCAACAACAACACCUCGCCAUGCAAUCCCGCCUCCAACAACAAUCCGCCGCUGCCCAACAAAGCCGCACUGGCACACCCAGGCCAACGCAGCCGAUGACGCCCAUGCCGCAGGGGCCCAUCAACACGGCUUCGCCCCAGUCGCACGGCGGGAUCGUCUCGCCGCAGGUCAUCCGCCAGUCGCCCAGCACCGCGCCGGGAAGGCCGGUGGGGCUGCCGAUGCAGGGGAUCAAGACGCUUAUUGACAAUUUCCCAAAGCUUAUGGAGCUGAAGAGGCAGGGGAAGCUGAAGCCGGAACAAGAGCGGCUGUUUGAUCAAUUCAUGUCGAGCCCGGAUGGGCAAAACCACCUCCGAGAAUUCCGAGCGCACCAAGCUCGUCUGCUAGUAGAACGCGGCCUGACCAACCCCGUCGCCCAUCCCGCCGGACUCCAACCCCAACAAACCCCCGCUAUGAACAACAUGCAGCUCCCCCUCGCUGCCCAACAACAGCUCGCAGCUUUGCAACAACAACAGCAACAACAACAGCAAAACCAACAACCCUUCCCCCUCAACCCCCAGACCCAAUCCCAAUCUCUCCAAAACCAACUUGCUCCCCAGUUCGCGCAAAACCUCGCAGGCGCGGGGUUGCACCAUAAUCAGAAUCAGCUGACGCCGCAGCAGAUGCAGGCGCUGCAGUUGCAGAGGCUGGCGGCGGCGCAGAUGCAGGCUGCGCAGAAUGGAGGACGGGCAGGGAUGGGGGGCCAGGGGUUGGUGCCAAAUCAGGCGAUGAUCAACCAAGCUGCCCUUGCGCGCGCCGCGCAACAGGCUCAGGCGCAACAGCCUCAGAACGGGAUGAUGGGCAUGUCGCCCCAUAUUGCUGCUCAAGCUCAAGCCCAGGGGCAAGGGCAGGGGCAGUCCCCGGGCGGUUUUGGAAGUCCGAGGCCGGGGGCGAGACCGCCGAUGUCGUUACAGCAGAUGUUGAUCAAUAUCCAACCUUCCAUGUCGCGCGUAGCGCCGGAUAAGGUGGAGAGUGUUAAGGCGAUGUUGAUGAGGUUGGCGAAUAUGAGUGAUGAAGAGAGGGAUGGGGCUUUUAAAGCUAGCCCGCAGUGGAUCCCACUUUGGAACAGAGCGACGGGGGGUGGGAACCAGAACCAACUCGCCCAGCAAGCCGCCCAACAAGCCCAAGUCCAAGCCGCCCAACAAGCACACGCCGCCGCCCAAGCCCAAGCUGCCGCCCAAGCUGCAGCCGCCGCCCAAGCACAAAUGACCGGCUCUCCACACGUCGGCCUCCAAAACGGUACCCCCAUCAUGCGCCCCGGGUCCGCCCCGGCGGUGGCGGGGUUCAACGCCAUAAACAAUGUCUCGAAUUUACAUAUCCCUGCUGGGAAAGCGAGGGGGUUGCAGGGGCAGGGUGUGGCGGCGGGUUCGCCGAAUAUGAGGCUUUUACAGCCUGCUGGGGAUGGACAGCAGCAGCUGCCACCGGGAUUACAGGCGGAUCCGAGUAUUGUGCAGAGGUUGUUGGAGCAGGGGAUUCCGGUACAACAAGCUGCUCAGGUGUUUGCGAGGCAUCAGCAGCAACUCGCUGCUGCCGCUGCUGCUGGGGGGAACCCCGCUUACCCGGGGUUGGCGGCGCAGCAUCCGUCGGGUGGGACGCCCCAACCACAGAGAAAUAUUACGCCGGCCAUGCUUCUCGCCCAAUACUCACACGACAUGCCUUCCCGUCCCCCUCCCUCCCGCCCCGAACAGAUCGUCCCCGACGCACCCGCGCCGACGGACCAAUCCCUCUCCAUCCUCUCCCGCGCUUCGUGGGUGCCAAACUACACUGACGACGUCCGCGUCGAGAGCAUGUUUAAACCGCAAACCGUAGCGGAGACUGGGAGCAGGACGGUAGGAAGGGGCACGUUGGGGUGGAGGAGGGUGGAUCGGGAGGGGGUUGAUGAUUGGCCCGAAGGGCUGCGGGAGGCGGUGGAUGAAGAGGCGGAGGAUGAGGAGGGGGAGGAAGGGGAGGGGAAAGGGCGGGCGAGUGGGAUGCCGGGGCAGAAGAGGAGGAAGGUGCAGGAGGUGGCGGAGGAGGUUGAUAAGGCGCUGAAGAUACCGAAGGAUUCGGAGACUUUGUUGUUGGAGCUGUUUGAUGAGCAUUCCGAUGUAAUCUCCGAGGCGAGCUGCUUCUCCUCCGACCGCAUCAGACAAGACCAAACAAAAUCCGCCGCGCGUCAUCGACAGCCCAACCCGGCGUUUACGGCCAAGCUGAAGGCGAUCAAUGAGGGGAAGGCGGCGUGGAGGAGGGAGAGGAAGAGGGCGAAGGUUGAGGCCGCGUCGCUUACGGUGGGGGUGGGGGUGGGGGCGAGGGUUGUUGAGGAGGUUGCUUGA